AUGGCAACAACGACCAUUGUCCGUUCCCAGCCACCACCAACACGACCUCCUGGCCAGCUACAUAUAGCCUAUAAACCGAUUAUCGUCGCCGACAAUUCUCAAACAUGGAGAGCCACAACAGUCAAAGACAGGCAUGCGAGCCGCAGCUAUAGCGUGUCUCAGUCCACGGAGAUCGCAAGGUUCUCAAGCCGAACAUCUGAGCACCCGUGGCCGCCAUAUCAGCACGCACCUGGUACUUCACCUCUUGAACGUCUGCCUACCGAGAUCUUGCAAGGAAUCAUAGAUAUGGUGGCUAUGAAAGAGCCGGCUCUCGGGGGCGGAUCUCAACAAUACAGCAUACAGUCGCUUCUCAAUACUUCGAGGAUCCUGUACUCUGUCGCUGUCCGCGCCCGUUACGAGCACGUUGCCAUCCACGACUCAAAGGUCUUCCGCAAGCUACUCUUCGCCUUGCGCGGUAAUCCGGGAUUCGGUACUCUCGUCCGUCGCAUAGACUUCAGCCCAUUCAACCCCAUAGUGCUCUUUUCCUCGGCCAAAGAGCGCUUGAGCGCAGAUAACCCGACGCCGAAAACACUGAUUCAGUGCUUGAACUUAGCACCCAGACUGCGCGAGUUCGUGGCUCAAGAGCACAUAGAUGAUGAGAUAGACGUCAUGGUGCUAACGAAGCUCUUUUGCCACCGUCCUCAUCUCACUGCGGCAGACUUUUGCGGCUGUUCCUCCCUACGCUUCCGCACUGCGAUGACGACAUUUACUAAGAGCAUAACCGACAAGAAUAUAACUUUUUCUGUUUCGCGCUUGUCACUGCACCGUUGCGACAAUCUGCCUCCUGUAGUGUUUGAUCAGCUCCUGCAUCGGAUGAACGCCCUUACCCAUCUCGAUCUUGCCGGCACGAAAGUCUCUGCUCAGGCCCUGCAGUCGAUACCGCACUCGGCGCGAAUUACGCAUCUGAAUCUGUCCAGGUGCAAUGGUUUGACAGCCAGCGCUAUCCUCGAGUUUUUGCAGAGCCAUCCCAGCGUAAAAGAUAGCCUAGUCGUCCUGAACCUUGCCGUCGACUUCCGUACUCGAUGCGGGUUCAGGGAGAAUGACGUCUCACAGCUAUUGAUAAGCUUGCCCCGGAGCUUGCGAUCGUUGAAUCUGAAAGGCAGCGAAAUGGGCUUAGCACAUAUUCCGCUUCUCCGGGGGCUUAUGAUGCAUCUUCAUGAACUUGCGCUGGGACGAGGCUUGACAGUCGCUGAUUUGGAGAGGCUAUUCGUGGCUGAUUCUCGGUUGUUUGACCAGGAUGAAGAUGCUCAGUGUUGUGCAACACCACCAGCCGCUAUCUUGUCACACACAUUGAGGUAUCUUGAUCUUUCCGAUUAUGUGGGUCAAGAGCUCGACCUGGGUGCUCUGUUCUCCUCCGAAUGCAGUAUCAUGCAAAGCCGUUCGGCUCCCCUUUCCGUAGUCGAGGUUGCGGGCGAGUUUUUCAGGGGGCUUUCCAGGUCGCCCAUCCCCAUCAGAGUCGGCUGGACCGACUUCAGCUGGAAGACGGGGACAGGCAACUGGGGUAUGCGCAAGAUUCCCGUCGUUGUCGGAGAAGUCUGUGCUAUGUACCGUAAUUAUACUUUCAUGCGUAGCGUGUGA